AUGGAAGUGCGAGCCCCACAGGCCCGACCACAGCGUACAUCGCGCCGCGACGCCGCCAACGGCGCCAGCGACGACAGUGGGGCGCCGCCACCACCGCCGCCGGCCGAGCCCCGGCCCGUCGCCAGCUGGAAGGUUGAACUGAGCGGCGGUGCACUUGCCGGACUGAUCGUGUGCGUGGCCUUCUACCCCCUCGAAUCGGUGGAGGCGCGCAUGCAGGUGGGCCAGCUGACGGCGGGCGCCAAACGAUCGCUGGCGGGGCUCGUGGCGGCCGUGGCGCGCACGGAGGGCGCGCGGGGCCUCUAUCGCGGCGUGGUGCCCACCGCCACGGGCAUCUUCAUCAACAUGGGCCUCUACUUUGCCCUCUACGACCACCUGCGCACGCGCCUGCGCAAGACCUUCCCCGCCACUUCGCCUCCUUCAUCGUUAUCACCUUCAUCGUCACCAUCGUCGUCAACAACAACAACAACAACAGCGUCGCUGAAGCCGCCGCGGCCGACGAUGGGAUUCGAUCUGGUGGCGGCGGCGGUGAGCGGGGCGGCGUGUGCGGUGAUCGUGAAUCCGUUCUGGGUGCUCAAGCUGCGCCGCAUCACGGCGCCGCCCACGCCGACCGCCGCCGCGCCCUCUCUUCUGGCCCUGACCAGGAGCAUCAUCGCCACCCAGGGGAUCCGCGGUAUUCGCACUCACUCUGAGACCGUUGGCGGGGAACGCAGGCUCUGGCGGGGAACGCUGAUCUCCGUGUUGGGCGUGGUCGACGGCGCCCUCCAGCUCGCCACCUACGAUCAGAUGAAGUAUAGGCUGACGGACGAGCGCGGGGUGUUCCCGGCCUGGGCGCAGCUGCUGGCCGGCGCCGGGUCGCGUACGCUGGCCCUGGUGGCCACCUACCCCUACCAGCUCCUCCGCUCCGUCCUCCAGCAGCAGAACUGCCCCUACCGCGGCGUCCUACACGCCACCCGACACAUCGUGAGCACGGAGGGCGUGCGAGGGCUGUACAAGGGGAUCGGACUGAACCUGACGCGCUCGAUCCCGCCGGCGGCCUGCAUGUUUCUCAUCCUCGAGCAGUUCCGGCUGGCCAUCAACGGGGCCGCAACCAAGUGA